AUGAGAGUAUUUAGACACAAAAUUAGUCAUGAGAUUUGCCGUCUACACUGGAAAACAAACAAAUUUAGCUUUGACUUUCCAUAUUUUGGGGGUCUAUGCAAGUUUUCCACAGAUUCAUCUCAUGAAUUCUUCAAAUAUCGCAUAGAAUCGCACACAUCUUCAUCAACUGUGGAACAUAACAUUACAAGUUGCCAAUCAAUUGAAGAUGUGUGCGAAUUAUUUAAAAAAAAUCGCCAAAGACUCUCUGCGAAUGACUUGAUUAUUCUGCUUUCUAGGAUAAUAGAAGUAUCUACUAAAACCGCAGACAAAUUACCAGAAUACCAGGACAAUUUGUGGAUUCCAACUCCAUUCUGUUUGAUACCUCUUGCGAGACUUUAUGGAAGGAUUAAUAUACUGGAUACCGACAAGAGAGUUUCUGAGAUAUACACAGAUAUAAUCCACAAAUUCGAUUGUUUUACACCAACUCAAGUACUCUAUAUCAACAAGUUUGGAGAUUAUAUAAAGGGUUAUCAUAAUAAUAUCAUCAGUUCUAGCUCUGAGAAACUAAUUAGCUCUCAGAUUUGGAAUCUCGACACCGAUGAUUUAUGUAGAGCAGGAUCAGUAUUGGCUUCUAAAAGUAAUGAUAUUGAGUUUGUAAAAUUAUUUACACACGUUGUUCUUGGAAAAUUAAUAUAUAUGAGCCAUGAACAAAGAGGUUUUAUAUUUAAAAUAAUGGCAAAUUCCAAAAAGUGUUCAUCACUGUUUUUGGAUGGAGUUAGCAGAUAUGUACUCAAGAAAGAUUUUUUUAGUGAUUCAGAUACUAUAUCAAUACUUUCUGGUUAUGCAAAAAGACAGUCUUCAUGCCCUUCAGUAUUUUUAAAAGCUUUAUUGGAAAAAUCGUUAGCUCUUGAUUUCAGCAAAAUAAACCAAACAGAACUCUAUGACCUUAUUUGGGCCUCUUGUAAAUAUUCUAACGGUCUAGAAGAGAUUUUUUCAAGGGCACAUGAUUUGCUGUUGCAUAGUAUCGACAAAAUAUCCGCAAAGAGUUUGUCAAUGUUGAUUUGGUCUUUCGGCAAUUCAAAAUUUGAUUCUCAGCAUCUAUUUAAUGCUCUAGAGAAGAGAGCCAUUGAUGUUUCUGAUAAUAUGACACCAAGUAACAUUGCGAUCUGUGUUUAUUGGUUGUCUAGAAAACUAGCCAGGGGGACUAAAGCAUCUUUUCAUGAAAAUGUUGAGGGUGUCAUCAUUUCAAAUAUAGCUCAUUUCAACGGGUUAGAUUUAGCAAUGUUGGCGUCAGGGUAUGUGGACAUAAGAGCUGGAUCAGCAGCUCUACAUCAAUGUAUCCAAGAAUCAUGUUUAAAAUAUUCUGAUGAUAUUCCCGCGGAUUGUAUCACGAAGAUAUUGCGUUCUUAUGCCACUAUUGUUGGAAGAGAAUCAUUAUUUACAUCAUUUCAGUUUCAUUUUUUGGAGAGAAUUCAUCAAUUUCCGACUCAUGAACUGUGUACAGUCUUAUGGAGUUUCGCAGUCAUGCGUUUUUAUGAUCCACUAUUUUGGAAGGAAUGCAUACAAACAAUAAAUUUUGAAGAUGUUAUUGAUAAUAAUAGAUGUUAUUUGUUGUUUCCGGCAUUAUCUAUUGUUACGGAAAUGCAGCCAGAAUUAAUUUCCCCUGAAGUACUUCGCUUGUUGAAUCACACUAGAUCUUCCUUCUGGAAAGCUCAAAUUCGUGAUUUCUCUGAGGAGACUUCGGAACAAGUCAAGCGAAUACUCUCGGAACUCAGUGAAAUAGACGAUAUAUGCAUAUGCACGGACAAAAUGGGUUUCUUAGUAGACAUUUCAUUUAAACGCAACUCCAAAGAGUUUGCAGUAUUACUAUACUCAGACUACGAUACAUUUGGAGAAAAUAAUCGGCCGACAGGCGCAAUGUUGCUAAAGGAACGCUUCCUGCGAAACCGUGGUUUGUUUAUUUGCUAA